CUCCACGGCAACUGCACCCUUCUUUCACAGAAAAACAAGAACCUUGCACUGAGUAUUGUGCAAUUUUCUGUUAUCUUACACACACGGAUGCGUGUUCACGCGGUGUUCACGCGGUGUGUAUGAGCCACUCGGGCGCUGCUGGGGACGAUAAUCUGGCUGGAAACAAUCAUCCUGUGCUGCUGGACUGCUGCGGAGGACUCAAUAACGUCGAUUACUCGAAGAUGGACUUGACGCUGAUGGAGGGACUCCUAAAACACAUCAACUUUCAUGACUCCAGCUUUUGUAUCGCAGUGAUCGCCAUCAUAUUCAACCCUUUAUUCUGGAAUGUGGUGGCGAGAUGGGAGCAUCAUACACGGACCCUCUCCAGGGUCUUUGGUAGCCCCUACCUGGGCUGUUACUGCCUGGGCUUCAUCAUCAUUCUGCUCAACGUGUACCGCAGCCACAGUAUGACGGUGGCGAUGAAGGCCCAGGCCAGGUGGGACGUGAUGGACAGGAUGGAUGUUUUCUACGCUGGCAUAGCUCUCAUGGUCGUGGGCACUUUGCUAGUGGUCACCAGCUUCCUGGCUCUGGGAUUCACAGGAACCUUCCUAGGUGAUUACUUCGGGAUCCUGAUGGACGAGAAGGUGACAGGUUUUCCCUUCAACAUCAUAGAGAACCCUAUGUACUGGGGCAGCACUGCCAACUACCUGGGCCUGGCACUCAUUGGUGCCAGUCCUGCUGGUCUUGUCCUGACUGCCAUAGUAGCCGUGGUUUACAAGGUGGCGAUAAGUUUCGAGGGACCAUUCACCGAACAGAUCUAUCAGGAGAGGAGUCAGCGCCGCAAGCAUGAAUAAUUGCCUCCCGCCCAGGCACUUCCUGCUCCUGGUUUGGCUGAGGAUUCCCGUCCUGUCACAAGGAUAGACAGACUGUACAACAGACAGACUUACCAACAGUGUUGAUUAUUUAUCCGCCUCCAGCAUGGAUCCAAAAGGCUACAGUCACACUGCAAAUGCAAGUGUUUUGUUUUUUGAUUUGUUUCACAAUCUUCUAUUGAAUGUGGACGCCUUAUGGAGGGUGCCAAGUUAAAAUAACAGUUUGAUAUUUUGAGAAACAUUCUCAGUUUUGUACUUGUGAGAACUAGAUGAAAGGAUUGAUGUCACUCUCAAACAUAAGAGUGGUGUUUAUCUUCUCGUCUCGCUCUUACGCUUACAGAGCGAGACGAGAAACUGAUUCUUAAAAGCUUUACCUGAUAAGAAUUGUGCUUUAUACACAGUAGGGGUGUCACAAUUCUCCAAUCCACAAUUCAAUUUGACUUUCAAUUUUAGGACCACAGUUUGAAUUAAUUUAAAGCUUAAACUUUUUUACAGCAAUGAAGAUGAUGCCUUUGUUAGACUAUCAAGUCUUGAUUCGUAAAGAUCAACUGAUCAUUGUUUUAUUCCCUUACAGCUGUCAUUUACAUUUUCAAAUUCUUCUUUAAAAAGAUUGGCUAUAUGGUAUUGAGUGUGAUAUAACUGCCAUAUAUUUUUGGAAUUUACCAAGAGGGCAACCUCAGACUCAUCUCAGGCAAGAAAAAAAAGCCCAUGAUGGUGUUACACCCAGGGCUUCACUUUCACUGCACUAGCAUAGCAUGCAUAAUAUCGUUUUUCUGUCAUUGAUGCGUUUGUUUACAUAACUAAAAGGGCAGGAAAAAUAUCACACCGCUGACUUCAGGGAGGCAGGAAGAUUUCCCAGUUCUGUUGUUUCUCUGUCAUCUUCAACUCAAGCAUACAAUGCUGUCUGGAGAAGUGCAACUGUAGGCUACUGGUAAGCUACACUGUGUCAUCGUUGAAGAAUUGUUGUGUUUUAAUGCCCCUGCUUUGGCAAUAACUGUGGGCAGGUUGUCCGUUUUUCUGAGACAUCUCAAGAAGGCCUUUUUAGAAUUUCCCCAAAUUUGUCCACUUGAGUCCAAGUGAACAAAUGUCUUUGUGAUC